AUGAGAUUCAACUUCGUCCUCGUCGCGGUGGCUGCGCUUGCGGCGCCUUUCAUGGGCGUCGCAGCAAGCCCCGUGCCUGACCCCGUGCCGGAGCCGGACAUGUCCGCCAACCUCUUCUCCCGUCAGACCAUGGAGCUCAUGGGCUCGCAGUUCACGGCGACCUGUAACUCCUUCAGCUUGAACAGCCGUUACCCCACGCUGUUCUACGCCAACUGCCGCGCCAUCGACGGUUCUUGGAAGUCUAGCCACGUCGACUUGCAACUGUGCCUCGCCAACUCUUGCGGUCGUCUUGUCAUUGCGUUGCGCGGACGAUACGGAGACUCCUGCGACAAGUUCGACUGUGCACUCAGCGGAUCAUGGUUCCAGUGCAACUGCAGAGACUGUGGUGGAAACACUCAAUUCAGUGGCCUUAACCUGAACGAUGCCAUCGGAAACGACAACGGUGAACUUGAAUGCUUCGGUCUCAAGCAGCUCGGUUAA